AUGGAGGGCUCGAACCAGCGACCCGACGAUUGGGCUCGCUGCGGUGAAAGACGACGCGUUAGCCGCGAACGCCACCCAUGCUACCUAUCACUCUUCCCUCCUUGCCUCACGCUUCCAUCACUCUUCUUUCCUUUCCUCAUCCUUCCAUCCCUCUUCCCUCCUUGCCUCAUCCUUGCCUCCCUCUUCCUUCCUUGCCUUAUCCUUCCCUCCCUCUUCACACCUUGCCACACCCUUGCGUCACUCUUUCCUCCUUGCCUUAUCCUUCCAUCCCUCUUCUAUUAUUGAAUCAUCCUUCGAUCCCUCUUCCCUCCUUGCCUCAGCCUUCCAUCCCUCUUCCUUCCAUGCCUUAUCCUUCCAUCCCUCUUCUCUCUUUGCCUCACCCUUCCCUCCCUCUUCCCUGAUUGCCUCAUCCUUCCAUCCCUCCUCAUCCUUCCAUCCCUCUUCUUUCCUUGCCUCAUUCUUCCAUCCGUCUUCUUUCCUUGCCUCACCCUUCCAUCCCUCUUCCUUCCUUGCCUUAUCCUCCCAUUACUCUUCCUUCCUUGCCUCAUCCUUCCAUCCCUCUUCUUUCCUUGCCUCAUCCUUGCCUCCCUCUUCCUUCCUUGCCUUAUCCCCCCAUUACUCUUCUUUCAUUGCCUUACCCUUCCCUUCCUCUUCCCCCACCCUUCCAACACUUUUAUUUCUUAG